UGCUAGCAUACGACACACUUUCGUUCUUUCUUUUACGAGAGUCACAAAUUUCCCCAUUUUCCAUCUCCUCUCUCUUUCUCUCUCCCAGAGUAUGCUGAACUGCAGUUGAAGAAUCACGAUGGCGUUUGAAUCAGCUGCUGCCUGAAUGUGUUUUUUCGGAGGGUAUUGAUGUAAAUAAGUAUAAUUAGCAGUGGCUGCAAAUGGCAAGCUGUGUGGCUUUGACUUCGGUUAGUCUUCUCAGAUACAGUGUAGUAACUAGAACAAGCAUUUCCCAGGGGAAUUCUGGAACUUUUCCCUCGAGAUCAUCAUCGAGGUCUUUUAGAGUCCGUGCCGUGCAGGAGAAUGAAGGACCUCGGCGAUUGGUUGACAUUAUACGGAUUAUUCCAGAGGUAUCAAGAAACUACUUCAGAAGCCCUUCAAGAAGGGCACUUUUCGGAGGUAUAUCCCUAUUAGGCGGCUUCUAUGUCGCACAAACGAUAUCUCUGUCUUUUGGGGCUUUAGGUGUCAAUGAUGUGAUUGCUGCAGUUCUCUGUGUUGUAAUCACAGAGUAUGUGACGAGAUUCUAUUAUAGCCGUCCAAAGGUCACUUUCCCUCUUGCCCUUCUAAACAAUUUCAAGAUGGGUUUCACUUACGGUCUCUUCAUUGAUGCCUUUAAACUUGCCAGUUGAACUGCGCCAAGUGAUUUCUUGUUUUAUCAAAUGCUGCCAGCAGCAUUGGAAGUGACUUCCUUCUUGAGAAAAAAAUGCUCUAUUUGAGAGGUCUUUUGGAUUGGAUUCCAGUUGGUACGUAUUGGGAAUAUAUGACGAAGCAUCUUGAUAGAGUUAUUUAAAUACUCAAGUUUAUGUCGAACAUCUUGAGGAAUUGGUGUUUAUGUCGAACAUCUUCAGCAUA